AUCCAGGCGUAUGGACGCAGGGCGACUACUGCGUACAGAGCAGCUAUACGCACGGCCUCGUCAUGCUGGGGCGCAGCGAUGGCGUACUGAACCCUUGCGGCGUGCGUUUCGGCAGCGCUGAGAUAUACGCAGUCGUGGAGGGGUUCGUGGAGGUGGAAGACAGCGUGUGCGUGGGGCAGCGCCGCGCCCGCGACGGUGAGGAACGCGUCGUCCUCUUCCUUAAACUGCGGCAGCAGCAGCAGCAGCAAGAGGAGCAGCGGCCUCAGCAGCAAUUGUCAGCUGACCUGAAGAAGAGGAUCGCCAGCGCCAUCAGGGAGCAACAGUCAGCCCGACAUGUGCCGGCAGUCAUGCUGCCAGUUGCUGACAUUCCCUACACGGUGAGCGGCAAGAAGGUGGAGGUGGCCGUACGGCAGGCCGUCCAUGGGGAGGCCGUGGCCAACACCGGCGCACUGGCCAACCCUGCCUGCCUUGACCUGUACCGCGACCUGCCUGACCUGCAGAGCUGGCAGUGACCUGUACCGCGACCUGCCUGACCUGCAGGGCUGGCAGUGACCUGCACCGCGACCUGCCUGACCUGCAGGGCUGGCAGUGACCUGCACCGCGACCUGCCUGACCUGCAGGGCUGGCAGUGACCUGCACCGCGACCUGCCUGACUUGCAGGGCUGGCAGUGACCUGCACCGCGACCUGCCUGACCUGCAGGGCUGGCAGUGACCUGCACCGCGACCUGCCUGACUUACAGGGCUGGCAGUGACCUGCACCGCGACCUGCACGACCUGCAGGGCUGGCAGUGACCUGUACCGCGACCUGCUAUGUAUAGUAUUAGUUUUGGGUUGCAACACUGUACCGAUCAAUGCCCACGUAUUAUCUGUAUUUGAUCUGUCUUCCAACACAGAAUUGACGUAUUGUUGUCAUUGUUUUCUUUGAAUAUUAUCGAUAAAAAGUGUAUAUAGUAUCGCUAACUAACUAGAUUUAUUACAAAAAAUAGAUUUGAAGAAUAUAUUCACGAAAUAGACAUUAAUGUAUAUUAGAUGAUGCGAAGUUUAAAUUUGAAAUCUCGUAAUAUAUAUUAUAGUGCGAUAUUUUAUUGAAUGGUGAUGAAAAUAAUUGAGAAAAUACGUAUAACCGCGAAAUUCUUAGUGAGUAAUGAAAGUGAAUGGUGAAUGAAAGCCUCACUUGUGCCUUGUUAACUAUAGUGAAAAACUCGUGUGCUGUGCAGCGUUGCUGUGCACUGCAGUGUAGCUGUGCAGCGCCCUGUACGAUGCACUGGCCGUGCAAUUUAAAUGUAAUAUUUUACUAUUGUUAAGAACGCGUUAAAUGGCCUCUGAAAAGUUCUAUGAAAUUUAUAUUAAUAUUUUUAUAUUUUUCGAAUACAAAUUGUUAUUGCAA